AUGCAAAAUUUCUGGAAAGAACACUCAACAAAAGCAAAUGAAGAGGAGAUGAUGCUGGAUUCAGAUGCAGACACCCUCGGCAGAGAAGAGGUGCCUGAGAUUUUGUCUCUGCUACCUGGAUUGGAGGGGAAGUCUGUCCUUGAACUUGGAGCUGGCAUUGGGAGAUUUUCGGGUCGAAUAGCAGCAAAAGCUAAGAGUGUAGUUGCAGUUGAUUUUAUGGAGAAUUUCAUAAAGUGCAACGAAAGCACAAACGGACACCAUGGAAACAUUCAAUUUGUGCAAGCCGAUGUUAUGCUCCUCAAGUUUCCUGAAAAUAGUUUUGAUCUUGUCUUCUCCAACUGGCUGUUGAUGUACUUGGAAGAGGAUGAGGUCUGUACAUUGUUUGAGAAGAUUUUCAACUGGUUGAAACCUGGUGGUCACUUUUUCUUCAGAGAAUCGUGCUUCCACCAGUCAGGAAACAAGUCUCGAACGUGCAACCCAUCAAAAUACAGGCAUCCGUCAACAUACAAUGACAUUCUAGGAUCAUUAUCAUCAUUUCUGCUGACGUCAUCAUCAUCACAGGCGUCAUCACCGUGUGCUAUGUAUGAUGUCAAAUUAGUGUUUUCCAAGCCCAUACAGACCUACAUUAAGGUGAUGGGUGUUUAUUAA